AUGGCAAUGAGGGCAGCCGCUCUGCGCAUCGCGACAAGUCGCGCCCGGAGCGCUCCAGUACAGCGAUCCAGUACAAAAACGCUCCCACAUGGCUUGUCUGCACUGAUGAUCCAUCCUGCGUCGUUCCAUAGCACACGCAGCGUCAGGGAACCCUCGAAGCGCGACUUCUACGACGUCCUUGGCGUCGCUCGCGAUGCGAGCAAGAACGACAUUAAGAAAAAGUACUACCAGCUGGCCAAGAAACAUCAUCCGGAUACGAACAAGGCGGAUCCGGAAGCUGCUAAGAAGUUUGCUGAGGCGACGGAAGCGUGGGAGAUCUUGGGUGACGACGACAAGCGGCAGAAGUACGACGCUUACGGGCACGCGGGCGUGGAUGAGCAAUCGGGUUUUGACCCUUCGGGUGGGUUUCAGGGACAGGGAUUCGAAGACGUUUUUGGCGAGUUUUUCAGCAACCAGGGCUUUGGUGGACGUGCACGUCGCAGUGCAAAUCAACCGCAGCGAGGCGCUGAUAUUCAGGUGGAUCUGACGCUCAGCUUCAUGGAAGCAGUAAAAGGCACGAUGCGCGACUUGAACAUUACUGCUGAUGUUGAGUGUGACACGUGUAACGGAUCGGGGGCCAAGCCUGGCACGAAGGAGAAAACGUGCCCGACGUGCAAUGGAUCAGGCGUGCAGAUUAUGCAGCAGGGAUUUUUUUCGGUGGAGUCUCCGUGCCGACGCUGUCGAGGUGAAGGAACGAUCAUUGAGUCACCGUGUGGGACAUGCUAUGGAAAAGGCACGGUCAAGAAACCACGUACGGUUGAGGUGAAGAUACCUGAAGGAGUGGACCAGGGAAUGAACCUUCGACUGGCAAGUCAGGGCGAGCCUGGCCGACGCGGUGGACCAGCAGGACAUCUCUAUGUCGGUAUUCACGUGUUACCGGACCCGUUCUUUAAGCGCCGUAAAACGGAUGUCUAUGUCGAUGUGCCCAUUUCGGUGGCACAGGCCGUUCUAGGAGGCACGGUUGUGGUGCCUACUUUGACAGGUGAAGUAGAGAUGAAGAUUCCGCGUGGAACGCAGCCAGAUACAGUGUUGCAGAUGCGCGGCAAAGGUAUCAAGGAGCUCAAUUCAAAUCGCCGCGGUUCGCAACUAGUAAAUUUACAGGUCUGCGUUCCAAAGAGUUUGUCACCGCGACAGGAAGAGUUGAUGACGGAGUUUUUGAAGGAGGAAAACGAUCGCGCUGAGAAAGGUGAAGAUCCAGACAGCAAGCCGCACUCAUUUACCAAGUCGGUGCGAGACACCGUUGAUCGGAUAAAGAGUUUUAUCAAGGGCUGCACGACCGAAGAGUCGAAGUAG